UCCUGCCAAAUGCUCGCCUAAUUGUUCGCUAAUUGGCCGAGACGGCGCGGAUUCUUAUCAAUUAAAACCGAUUCGAGAAACUGAAAUACUGCACUAAACAAUUCUUUAACGAACUAUGACGUUUUCAGACCAGAUAGGUGUAAAGAAUUUUUAACGGUUAGCUUUCUGAUUAAUAAUUAAGGAGCUCACAUGCUAAGUGGACGAUUCCUUGAGAAAAUAUUGAAUGAUAUGAAAGAAAGGGAAAGAAAAGGGGGAAAAGAAGAAAGAAGCUAAGAGAGAGAUUAUCAAGAAUGAAUGAAAUAAAAUAUAAUGACAAGAAAAAGGAGGGAAUAAGAAAAGUUGAGAGGAGUAAAGGGGUUAAGAAAUGGCAAAGAAAAUGGAAUAAAAAAGAGACCAAGGAAAAAUGGAAAGAGAAAUGAUAUGAAGAGUAAGGGAAAUAAAUUAUACGUACUUUGUCUAUAAUUAUAACACAGAAUGGAUUAGCUUGCAAUACACAUAAUCUAACAUGACACAUUUUCUAACCUAACCUUAUUCUAUAUUGAAUCGAUAACGUCGGAAGUGACAUAAGGAUGAUAAAGGAAUUCUAACCCAGACGAGUAAUAAACACUGAUCUGUAUGAAUACAUAGACUACAGAAUAGACAUAUUACCAAUAAUUAUCGUCUGUAGUUUUUAGGAUAUACAAUAUAUACUAUCUUUAAUUAGCAUAUAUCUCAUUUAUGGAACAAGACGUUAAACGCAAUCGAUGAUAUAAAUACGACGCACCUAAAAGCUGAAAAUGUACGUGAUGUCUUGAAUCGAUGUGUGACUAAGCCCAUUUACGGGCCUACUUUUAAAGUGUGAAAUUAAAAGACACUGUAUUUUCGUGAUGCUGUCAGAAGUCGAUGUAUUUAUCAGUAAUUAUACUCUUGUCGAUCCUGAGAUAUAUCAGCUUUGGGUCGAUGGCCAUUCAUCAAGCGAAGCAGUAAAUAUCUUACAUCAACGAGGAAUAUGUCAACAAACGAAUGCCUCGAUUGAAUUAAUAGCUUCUGACAUCCUCGAUCACUAUCGGACUUAUGCACUUCUAGAAAAAUUACUUCACACGCCUACUAAACUGGCGAGCGAACAGCUCGCGUUUCAAAUAGAACCACAAACAAGUCAAAUGCUUAUUGAAAUGUACUAUGAAUUCGAUGACGUUGUUAUUAGAGAAUUAUUAGGUAAAAAAUUAACAUCAAAAAGUAGAAAAGAUAUGGAUGAGGUGUCAGAAAAAACAGGCAUAACGUUAAAGAGUUGUCGUCGACAAUACGAUAAUGUGAAAAGAGUCUUCAAAGUUGUUGAAGAUCUACCAGGUUCUUUGGCUGCUAAUAUCGAACAACAUUUUUUGCUCUCAGAAGAUCUUGCCAAGCGAUAUGCUGCUGUGGUGUUCAUAGCAUGUCUUAGAUUUGAGAUGAACAAGAGGAAGCUUCAGUUCUUAACAUUUCCUGAUUUAUAUCAUUGUGCCAACAGUAUGAUGUCAUCUUGGACAUACCGUUGUGUUGGAUCAGAAUAUUUUGACACUGAUUUAGAUAGAGAAUUUUUGUUAGAGUUAGCAGAAUGUAGGGUGCUUUUAGAAAAUGAUAAACAUCAUAAACAUUUGGUGUGCAUCAAGCUUAAACCUAUGCUUUUAGAACGUUCGUUUCAAGAAAUAGAUACUAACUUUCGUUCAUAUACAAGAGCUAUCCUAGGAAUAGGAUGUAAUCUCCAUCGCACCAGAGAUUUACGAUUUUUUUUCUUGGAACUGGUAGAAAGAUGUAUAGAACCAUGGCGUCAAGUGAACUGGACACACGCUGAUCUCAGAAAUUUCAUGUCAAUCUAUACUCAAUGUGCGCUAGAUAUGGAUGUACUUAGGGAUAAUGAAUUAAGAGACGCGUUUGAACGUUAUAUGACUGUUGUUACAUGCUGUUUAUUGCGCAUGUAUCAUACAUGACCAUUAACAGAUGAGGAAAAUGGAACACAAAAAAUUAAUACAAUUGGGAAUGAUGAUAAAUGAGCCAUAAAAAAUGAAUGAAAUGGAGAAAAUUGUAGUCAUGUUGGAAUUUAUUAAGUUUUCAUAAUAAAUAAUUAAUAAACAAA